UGUUUGUUUUUUAAUAUGCCUGCUGUUUUCAGCGCUAGUUAAGCUAUUUAAUCUUAACUUUUUUCAUAUAACGUUACGCAACAGAGUCUGGCAAGGUUGUGGCGGUACAACUGAAUGGUGAAACCUUUUAUUUGUCCUUCUCUAGCGUGUAAGUACGUACAUUGAUAACAUUAUCUACCAACGUAGCCUGUGACGCUAGCUAGUUAGCUGAGUUAACGUCAGUUGCUCAGAAUGGUGAAAGACUAUGAGCAAAGAGUCCAGAAUGAGGGCAACAGUAAACCAGAAGCUAACAGAGAUGGGGGAACGAGAGAGACUGAAGGAGUUGCUGAGGGCUAAACUCACUGAGUGUGGAUGGAAGGACCAGAUGAAAGCUCACUGCAAAGAAGUAAUCAAAGAAAAAGGCUUGGAGCAUGUCACUGUGGAGGACCUGGUGUUAGAAAUCACUCCUAAAGGAAGAGCCUUGGUGCCAGACAGUGUCAAGAAAGAGCUUCUCCACAGAAUAAGAGCCUUCUUAGCUCAGCAUGCCACAUAAUUUAGAUUUUUAACAUUUCUUUAGACCACUUGCCUGUGAUAUAGAUAUUUUUCAUAAUUGUUUUUGUUAUCUUGAGUUUUCAGAUACAUACUGACACACACUUUGCUAUUUGGUUGUGUGGCUUUACUAAUUCUGUGAUGUACCACAUAUUUGUUAAUGCACUUACCUUGCACAUUUAGUUGUCCUUUGUAUAAGAUAUAUGCUGUAUAAUAAAGUUUUUAGUUUUAUUGAACAACAAUCA